AGGAAGCAGGACGGUGGGCGGAAGCAGUGCACUCAAACCCAGGUACAGCUUCACAGACGUCUCUUUCCUCCGAUUUCUCAUCCACAACGUAGUACGUUUUGGUUUUUGGUGUUGUCUUGAAUUUCGAUAAGCAUUUCAUUCUGGAUAAGAAGGCGAAAUACCGUCAGAAUUACAAAUAAAUUGGAUUACAUAACAUUAUAUUUCUUCACUUACUUCAGACCAGAGGCACAAGAUAAGCAUCAGGCAUCAAGAGUAAUCCUCAAUUAGUUGUACAACCAUCUUUAAUGUAUUCUGUUCAGCAUAAUCAGCUUCUCCAACAACUAACCCAACUAACAUGCGGCGUCGUCGCGACCGUCACGAAUACCAGAGUUCGCCCAAGAAAACUCAAGUUAAACGCUAAAUCGACCCAACAACAGCAACAACGCCACAAUUUUUUGCCCCCUUCCGCCGCCGCCGCGGCUGGAGAACUUGGUCAUAAUGCAAAUUCAUCAUCAACUGGAGAAAAUUUACCGUCUGGAAUCUCGAAUAAAAAUCUUCUCGGACCGCUCCUCUCCGCACAGUUCUCAAAAUUAGGACUCACCGAGUUCAAAACGGAUGCAGAGUUUAAUCAAGUCGUUACCCUCUUGGCGGACAGGGUCAUUAACAAGGCGAACACUGGACAGAAUUAUAACUCAUCGGUAAAGGAUAAAUUUCGAAGUGAAGAACAAUUCAGAUUGGUUAACCAGAUUUGGGAGGAUGUCGUCCAAACCGUCAACGUCGACUUCCCCUCAUCCAUGACUGGAUGGUCGGACAAGUAUUUAAAAACAGUGAUGCUGAAGCAGGUCAAAUCUGUGGAGAGGUCAUCCUCCCGUGAGGAAUUUGCUUCCUCACCGUAUCUCAGAUUCAGCAAGAACGGUCUAUUCGACCUGGACAAGAGGUUUCUCCACCCCACGAACGGUGGUCUUUAUCAAGCUGUCCCAUUCCGCACCUUCAAAACACAACGAGACCUGGACGCGGCGAGAGAGAGGAAUCCAAGCUUGUUGGCACGUGUCAAGGACAAGUUUUUUCCUGGCAAGGAUUCAACAACGCCUGGCGGACCGGGUGCUCCUUUAAGCAGUGAUAAGUUGAAAGCAAUGGUGGCAGAUCUACCUCAAAAUGAUGCCGACAAGUUGAAAAUCGCAUUUGCUGAGGGAUACAUGUCUGGGACGGGAGGUGGUGGGAGUGGGCAGGGUGAAAAAGGCAGAGCUUAUCGCUGGUUGAGGACACUCCAACAAAUCUUGGCGAUUGCGGUGUUUACUGCGAUUCUGGCUUCGUUAAUGGGAUCUUUUGGGAGUGGAAUGUUCCGAGUUAGUGUAGGAAAUGGGAACGAGGUUCAACCGGAAGACAUCAAUGUUACUUUUGAUGAUGUUAAAGGGGUGGACGAAGCAAAGCAAGAACUUCAAGAUAUCGUUGAAUUUCUCAAAAACCCUGCUAGAUUUGUCGCACUGGGUGGAAAGUUACCGAAAGGGGUGCUACUCGUUGGACCGCCAGGAACCGGAAAGACUUUGUUGGCAAGAGCGGUCGCUGGCGAGGCUGGUGUCCCAUUUUUCCACGCGGCUGGUCCCGAGUUUGACGAAAUCCUUGUGGGGCAGGGAGCCCGAAGAGUGCGAGACUUGUUUAAGGCUGCCAAACUAAAAGCCCCAUGUGUCGUAUUUAUCGACGAGAUUGACUCUGUUGGUGCAAAGCGGACAAACUCUGUCCUUCAUCCCUACGCUAAUCAGACGAUUAACCAACUCCUCUCUGAAAUGGACGGAUUUCGUCAAAACGAGGGCGUCAUCGUUCUCGGAGCUACAAAUCGUCGCGAAGAUUUGGACAAAGCGCUCCUUCGACCGGGUCGAUUCGACGUCGAGGUUCCCGUUCCCGCCCCAGAAUAUCAAGGUCGCAAAGACAUCUUGGAACUGUACCUGAGCAAGGUAAAGAUUGGGAAUGAUGUCGACGUGGAACUCUUGGCGAGGGGAACGACUGGUUUCACGGGGGCAGAUUUGGAAAAUAUGAUUAAUCAGGCCGCACUCAAAGCAGCGAUUGACGGAGCGGACAGCGUGUCCAAGAAACAUUUGGAUUUCGCUAGAGAUAAAGUGAUCAUGGGCCCAUCCCGAAAGAACCGUAUCCCAGACGAGGAAACGAAUAAAAUCACAGCCUAUCAUGAAGCAGGACAUGCAAUUGCAUCAUAUUUUACCAAAGAUUCUAAUCCAAUUCACAAAGUAACGAUAAUCCCUCGCGGCGCUUCGCUCGGACAUACCGCCUACAUCCCGGACAAGGAGCAGUACCACGUCACCAAGUCACAACUCAUGGCGUUGAUGGACACCAUGAUGGGAGGCCGAGCUGCGGAAGAGUUAAUUUUUGGCGUGGAUAAAAUCACGUCGGGUGCCUCGUCGGAUUUGAAGCAAGCCACCUCUAUCGCGACACACAUGGUGAAAGAGUGGGGAAUGUCGGAUAAGGUUGGACUUCGCACGGUUGAAGACAGCAGCAAAGCCUUGGUCGCCGUGAAUGACCUCGGCCCACAAACGACGGAAUUAAUCGACGCAGAAAUUAAACGCCUCCUCGCAGAGUCCUAUGAAAGAGCAAAGUUUAUAUUGAAAUCGCACGCGAAAGAGCAUAAAGCUUUGGCCGAAGCGUUGAUGAUGUAUGAAACUUUGGACGCGGAAGAUGUCAAGGCCAUCCUCGCCGGUCAACCACCCCCAGUCCCACAUCACAAAAAGGAAAAAAUUCUUCUCCCUGCUACAAAACCCACCACGACGGGAGGAAUAAGCCCACCCGGCGGUCCGAAACAACGGCUACAUCCCUGCUAAAACGUCAACAUGCAGCAAUUUAUAUUAUGUUUUAUCUCGAAUGAAGGAAGGAAAUCGUUGUAUUUUGCGUUUUAACGAAGAAAACAUUGACAGCGUGACCUAAAUAAUGUUAAAUUCGUGCUAUUAAUAAUAUCCUAUCUCUGAAAUUGUGUCGUGUUUUGCUAAAAUUAGAAAAACAACAUUAAAGCUGUCGCGUAUUUACCAAAAAAUGAUUGUAAAAUUCUUUAGACUGGAUUUUUUCGUAGAGAUCUGCUGACUCUGGGUUAAAAAUAUGAAUGAAUAAUCCUUGUUGGAGAGUCCUCAAUUAGUCAAUUAUUUACUAUUUAUGACGGUCAAUUAUUAUUUAUGACUGACACUGAAAUAAUUAAGAAGCUAAUUAUAACGCAUUUAACACUUUCUUGAGUUAAUUGUCCUAAAUGAGCGGUCCCGUUUUGUAGGACAAUUUUUUGUUCUAAUAUUAGUAUCAUUUUAGAUGUAAAUUAUCUACGUAGUGCUAAAAUUUAGCAAAUUCUAUCUAUGCAAAAUGGAAAUAUAAAUCCGUUAAAUAUGCAAUUAUAUUUAUGUAACUAGACGUAAGUCCAUUAUUUAGUGGUACACAUUUUCCAAAAACUAGUAGUAGUCUUCAGCUAGGCGAAAUUUUAAAUAUCCAUUAUCUUUUGAAAUGCUUAUUUAAGUUCAAGUAUUUUAAAACGCCAAAACCAAACUGAAUAAUUAAAUACGAGAUGCGUAACUGCUACUUGCCGUGAAAUUGAGAAAUCAUAAAAAUCUUGUCAAUUAAUUAUCAAGUAAAAUGAUUAAUAAAUUAAAUUAGUAGAAAUAUCAUAA